CAUUUCUGACCCCUCUCUCUCUCUCUCUCUCUCUCCGACGCUCUCUCUUCUGGAGAACUCACCGAUCGCCGGAGAAACUCUCGUACCUAGCUACUAGCUCUUCCCUCUAUCUCUUGAAAUGGGCGUAGGGGACGGCGGCGAUGAAGGAAUCAGGAAGAGGGGGUGUUCCUGCUCAAAAGACGAUUUUCUCCCCGAGGAGUCGUUUCGGAGCUGGGGAAAUUACGGGAGGGCGCUCAUGGAGACUCCGCUGAGGCUAAAGGAUCGGAUCCUGACCCGGUCCAUGGACCACAAGGAGCUGGUGGAGGUGAAGGCUCAGAGCCAGAACGAGAUGAAGAAGACGCUCAAUUGGUGGGAUCUCAUGUGGUUCGGUAUAGGCGCCGUCAUCGGUGCUGGCAUCUUCGUCCUCACGGGCCUCGAGGCUAAGGAACACGCUGGCCCGGCUGUAGUCUUGUCGUACGUCGUCUCCGGCGUCUCGUCCAUGCUCUCCGUUUUCUGCUACACCGAGUUCGCCGUGGAGAUCCCCGUCGCAGGUGGAUCAUUUGCAUACCUGAGGGUAGAGUUGGGCGACUUCAUGGCCUUCAUUGCCGCCGGCAACAUCCUACUCGAGUACGUUAUUGGCGGAGCAGCCGUCGCCCGUUCCUGGACAUCCUACUUCGCUACUCUCUGCAACCACCAGCCUAACGAUUUCCGCAUAGUCGCCCAAGGCCUCUCUACCGACUACAGAUAUCUCGACCCCAUAGCUGUUGUCGUCAUCGCCGUCAUCUGUAUCCUUGCAGUCCUCAGCACCAAGGGCUCCUCGCGUUUCAAUUACAUAGCCUCCAUCUUCCACAUUGCCGUCAUUCUCUUCAUCAUCAUUGCGGGCCUAAUGAAAGCUGAUACCAAGAAUUACUCCUCGUUUUCUCCUUAUGGUGCCCGCGGCAUCUUCCAGGCCUCAGCUGUCCUUUUCUUUGCUUAUGUUGGGUUUGAUGCGGUCUCAACCAUGGCGGAGGAGACAAAGAACCCUGGUCGGGACAUCCCUAUUGGUCUGGUUGGCUCAAUGGCGAUUACUACAUUGGCGUAUUGCUUGCUAGCCGUGACGCUAUGCCUCAUGCAAUCGUACAAAGAUGUUAAUGAAGAUGCUCCAUUUUCGAUCGCAUUCGAAGCUGCGGGGAUGGGAUGGGCUAAGUACAUAGUUGCAGCAGGUGCACUCAAGGGCAUGACAACUGUUCUGCUGGUGGGAGCAGUGGGUCAGGCUCGAUAUCUCACGCAUAUUGCACGCACUCACAUGUUGCCGCCAUGGCUCGCCCAUGUCAAUGAAAAGACCGGGACUCCCGUCAAUGCCACAGUGGUGAUGCUUGCAGCCACUGCCAUCAUUGCCUUCUUCACAAAGCUUGAGAUUCUCUCCAACCUGCUCUCCAUCUCCACACUGUUCAUUUUCAUGCUUGUGGCCUUUGCCCUCAUUGUUCGCCGGUAUUAUGCUAGUGGGGUGACAACACCAGCUAAUCGUAUCAAGCUCUUUGCGUUUCUCCUGCUUAUACUUGUAUCCUCGAUUGCAACUGCUGCAUAUUGGGCAACUACUCCUGAUGGUUGGAUCGGUUACGCAAUAACUGGGCCAAUUUGGUUGGUCGGAACCGUGGGGAUUUGGCUUCUCGUCCCACAGGCAAGGGAACCAAAGAUCUGGGGGGUGCCGUUGGUGCCAUGGCUACCGUCAUUGUCAAUCGCCAUUAACAUUUUCCUUCUUGGGUCAAUAGAUAAAGCAUCGUUCACAAGGUUCGGCGUAUGGACAUUGAUCAUCUUGGUCUACUAUUUCCUUCUUGGAUUGCAUGCUUCCUAUGACACAGCCAAGGAAGUUAACAAUAAUGGCUCACAGUGGAAAAACGUGGAAGAAGGGGCAGUGCCUUCCAGGACUGGUUCAGGGUUAUAAGGAUAGAUCCGACGCGUUUUAGGGUGGGUUUGGGUGUUGAGAAGUGUUGAGGAGAGUUGUGAAUAGAAAUAAAAAGUAGGUGAAAAGUAAUAAUAAAGUAAUGAAUAGUAAUAAAAAGUAGGUAAAAAGUAAGGAAUAGUAGUAAAAAUAGGUGAAAAGUAAUAAUAAAGUAAUGAAUAGUAGUGAAAAGAGUUGAGAAGUGAUACUUCAACACUCAAACACAGCCUGAGAAGUUCCUGUUAAAUAGGUGCCAUGCUAGUGUGUAAUUGUGUUCAUAUUAUGGUCAUUCUGGGUGUUUCAUAUUUCCUAUUAAAUACGUGUUUAAUUUGUUGUUCAUGAAGGAAAUCUAAAGUCUAUUUUCACAGGUUUCUUUAUAAAGAAAUUGUUUGAAGAGUUA